GAGAGGAGAGGGAUUCUUCAGCAGGAUAUCGGGGGUGAAGGACCGCUCCCUGUAAGCAGUCAUAAUGCCAGUCAUAAAUGUGGACGACCUGACAGACAAGGACAAGGCUGUGAUGGAAGUUAACCAACUUAAAAUUGAAGUGAAACUCGAAAGGUGGUUGACAUCUAAAUGCUGUGAGGAAAUCAAGGACUACAUUCAGGCCGGAGUGGAGGAGGACACCCUCGUCAAAGGCAUUUCAGAGGAGAAGAACCCCUUCAAGGAGAAAGGUGGCUGUGUCAUCUGCUAGACUGGACCUGAGGAGCUUUUCAUAUCUCAGAUUAGCACCCGAGGACAUUCUCCCUCCCCUCAUAAAAUGGAUUUGCAGACUGAGAAGACUAGAAGGACACAAUAAAGAAAGAAUUCAUAAAACUUCCCAUGUAAACGAUUCCCGAUUCCCCAUCUUCUGGCAAGAUUUGUAGCCUUAUAAUUUUAUUCUUUGGAAAGACGCAAUAAAUAAGAGUUGUAUUCGGCAAGGGUUGUAUAAUGCUUCUCUCUCAUGUGGUGUAUAUAGUCUGAGCAAAUGGGCUCAUUUGUUGUUUCAUCCACGGAAGCAACUGUCAUUAAAUGUGCACAUGUAUAACUCA